AUGGACGCCCCGCAAAAGAAGGCUAGAUCCAUGGACAAGGACGGCAAGAUGCCUCCGCUGCCUCUGACUGUGGGCAAGAAGAAGACGGCGUCUCCGUGCCCGGAUACUGUCCGGCUGGUCAGCCAGUGGACACUCUCCACCGCCUGCUUCUUCCUCGUCGUCUUUGCAGUAACCCAGACUCUCGACCACUACCACGUCCCCGUUCCCUGCAGCCCGUCCUCGCUCGUUCUGCGGUGCGUCGAGCUGACGGACGCGGGGGCCGUUGAGGCAGCCAACGCCGCCGCGGAAAGCGCCGGCUGGAUCGGGAUGCUGUGGUGCGGCACGGCACAGGCGGCCGCGGCGGCGCUGGCGCUGCAUCUCCCAUGCCGCUACCGCCGGGUCCGCCGCGCCCUCGCCUACCUCGCGCUCGCGCUCGCCAUCGUCGGCCACAGCUUGUACGCCCGCGCCACCGUCCUCCUCUACGCCGCCGACCCAGGGUCCCUCUUCGCGGUGAUCGGCUGGACCCUGAUCAUAGCCUUCUUGGCGGUGGUCGACCUCCUCUGCUUCCUGGUCCUCGUCAUGGGACGUGAGGCGUAG